CCUGAGAGUGGGGCGUGAAGGGCGGGCAGGAGGAGGAGCAGGGGCAGCGAUCCCGGCGGCCGCCGCCCCACCAUGAUCAAAGCCAUCCUCAUCUUCAACAACCACGGCAAGCCGCGGCUAUCCAAGUUCUACCAGCGCUAUAGUGAAGAUACGCAGCAACAAGUUAUCAGAGAAACUUUCCACUUAGUAUCAAAACGUGAUGAAAAUGUCUGUAACUUCCUAGAAGGAGGAUUAUUAAUAGGUGGAUCUGACAACAAACUAAUUUACCGACACUAUGCCACCUUGUAUUUUGUCUUCUGUGUGGAUUCUUCAGAAAGUGAGCUUGGCAUUUUAGACCUCAUACAAGUAUUUGUGGAGACACUAGACAAAUGUUUUGAAAAUGUGUGUGAACUGGAUUUAAUUUUCCAUGUAGACAAGGUCCAUAAUAUAUUGGCUGAAAUGGUCAUGGGUGGAAUGGUUUUGGAGACCAAUAUGAAUGAAAUUGUCACUCAGAUUGAUGCUCAAAAUAAACUGGAGAAAUCUGAGGCUGGUUUAGCAGGAGCUCCAGCCCGGGCUGUUUCAGCUGUGAAGAAUAUGAAUCUGCCAGAGAUCCCAAGAAAUAUUAAUAUUGGUGACAUCAGUAUAAAAGUGCCAAACCUGCCCUCUUUUAGAUAACAUGGCUACUCCAGGUAAAACCAGGGAAGAAAUGUAACAGAGAGUUACCACGUAAUUGUUUACUUAAUAAACAACAUGUCUAACUUUUACUAUUUGGAUAAAAUUCAAGGUACUGUAUAGACAUAAUUUAAAAAUCUGUGUGGAGUUGAAUGUUGCUUUUGUCUUGUUUGUGAAAUUAAAGGAAAUGGGUAGUUCCCAUGUGUUCCAAAUUACAUUCCUAUGCCCUUGUAAGGCAUAUCACUGUGUCUUGGCUGCUGCAGUAUUUUGGGAAAGUAUUUAAGAUGUUCUUUACUUUGUACAACCUAUAAUGCUGAGGUUUUUUGUAUGUUCACUGAAGUCUGUAAUUAGUGCAUUCCUUAACAAUUUCUGCUGUUGUCAUGAUUAUCUAAGACUUCAGUGCAAAUGUUGCAUGAAAACACCAAACUCUUGUCCAAGUAAAAUAAUAAACUGGACUUCUAAAUACCUGUUUGUCCGAAAUCUACUCUUCGCAAUAAGUCAUGUUACUUCCUAUUCAUGGAGCCAGUUGAGUAUAUAUAAAUGCUGUUGUAGCAGGCAUUAAUGUUGUAGCUUAAUCUCUGAAGGAAUUACAUGGGGAUAUUGUGUGAACAUAUUGCCUCUUUACAUUUCUCACAAAAGCUGUUCAUUAUUAUUCUGAAGGAAAAAUUGCCUUUACUGAAGAUCUGAUGACUUCUGUUUACAUAUAGAUGUUGAGAAGAUACUUACACAAUCCAUUAGACUUUCUGAUGGUCUGAUUUGUUUUGAGAAGAUUUCUGUGUGUUAUUUAAAAAGUACACAAUGGGAUGAGAAAAUUGGGCAGCUCAGAACUGUAAACAUGAGUGUUUCAAGUAAGGUGAUAAAGACACUCUGGAAAGAUAAAUAAGGAUGCUUUUAAUAGUGCCUCUGUGACUGGUGAUAUUUGUGAUUCUGUAGCUUGAGAACUAGAUUUGUAAGAUGCUUAGUAUUGUCAAGACCUCAGAAAAUCUAAAUGCAAUCACCUCUUGUGUAAGUUGCUCAGCUCUUCUACUCUUCUGUGAUUUAAGAAAAAGUAAAGCAGAUAGUGCUUGUUUUUUAUAAUCAUGCUUCUAAGCUCUGUGUGAUGUACAAGUCUGUUUAAAUAAACAAUAAAAAUACUGUUGGCAUA